AUGUUCUCCUUCCAGAAGCUCCUCAAGGUCGUUCUUGUCGCGGUUGCCUGCUCGUCGGCAUCGCUCGCUGCACCGUGGCCCACGGACGCGAAGCACGAGACGAACCGCGUCCACCUCGUCGGCCGUGGCGACGCUGCGCUGAAGAUCGAGACGUUCGCUCCGGCGUCGACCUUCGAGACCUUCGGCGCUGACGGCCUCGACCACCCUCUGGCCAAGCGCGACGGCUUUGACCUCCAGUCUGCUUCGAAGGCGUUUGUGUCUUCCAAGCUCGAUGUCAGUGAGGACGAUGUUCACUACAACACCGGCUACUCCGGCGACGUGACCCAUCAUGCGUUCAUCAAGCAGCAGGCGAAUGGUGUUCCCUUCGCGAACGCUGUGGCCAACGUGGCGUUCAACAAGGAUGGCAAGGUUGCUUCUUUCGGUUCUUCGUUCGUUGACACAUCUGCUAUCGCGUCUUCCGAGCCCACCGUCUCGGUGGAAGAUGCGAUCAAGACUGCUGAAGCCGCUCUCGGUGCUUCGGUCAACGACCACCCGGGGUCUCUCGAGUACCUGGCCCUUGCGGAUGGCUCGGUCGCUCUUACGCACGUCGUCCAGGUUCAGGACGAGGAGAAGGGCAUCUGGGUCGAGGCUUUCGUUGAUGCUCACACCAACGAGCUGAUCUCCAUUGUCAACUUCGUCACGAAGCUGACUUACCGUGUGCUCCCUAUUCAGGAGGAGGUCCUCACCCAGGGUUUCCAGAACUUGGCGAACCCUGAAAACACCGCCGCGUCUCCCCUCGGUUGGGUCACUAGCACCACCACUGCCGGUAACAAUGCCAUCGCGUACAAGACCUCACAGACGACCGGCGUCGCGAAGGAGUCUUCGACCGGCUCGUUCAUCUACACCGCGAACCCAGCUCAGGCGCCGACGGUUACUGCAAACGUGAACGCGGCCAUCGUCAACGCCUUCUACGUCGUGAACAGCAUCCACGACAUCUCGUACCUCUACGGCUUCACGGAGGCGGCGUUCAACUUCCAGAACGACAAUCAGGGCAAGGGCGGCGCGGGCAAUGACCGCGUCACGAUCAGCGUGCAAGACUCCGCUGGCACCGACAACGCCGACUUCAGCACGCCCGCUGACGGCUCCAGCGGCCACAUGCGCAUGUUCCUCUGGGACAUCACCAACCCGGAGCGUGACGGCGCGCUGGAGAACGACAUCGUCUCGCACGAGAACACGCACGGCAUCACGAACCGCAUGACCGGCGGUGGCACCGGUCGCUGCCUGCAGACGAAUGAGGCCGGUGGUAUGGGUGAGGGCUGGUCGGACACCAUGGCCGACUGGCUUGAGAACGAUUCCAAGAUCAGCGACUUCGUCAUGGGCCAGUAUGUCAUUAAUGACCCUGCGGGCAUUCGCUCGCACCCGUACUCGCGCUCUACGACAACCAACCCCCUCAACUACGGCAGUCUUAAGACUCUCAGCGAGGUUCACGACAUCGGUGAGGCCUGGGCCAACACGCUGCACAACGUGCUUGCCGCGCUUGUCGACGCGCGCGGCUUCUCCACGACGGCCAAGACCGACGCCAGCGGCACCACCGGUAACGUCGUGUUCAUGCACCUCAUGAUCGACGCACUUCCUCUGCAGCCGUGCAACCCUACUUUCCUUACUGGUCGUGACGCCAUCAUUCAGGCAGACGCCAACCGCUACGCGGGCGCUAACAAGUGCACGCUCUGGAAGGCAUUCGCGAGCAGGGGUCUCGGUGUCAACGCAAAGAACCACGUCAACGACGCGACGCUCCCCUCUGGAUGCUAA